UUUCAGAUUGAAUAUUUUCAUUUGGGAAUGCAAGAAGAAAGUUAUUACAAUUUAACAGUUGGCGAUACACAUGAUCGACUGCACAACUUUCAAAUAACCGUCGACACUGACUAUCGGAACUUUGUUCAACUAGUCAACACGAUGAGAUCACCUAACAUUGCACAACAAGACCGGGCUUUUCUACAAUUACAACAGCUAGGAUUACAGCACCCGGACUACAUUCGAAAAGCCCGAGUCCCAGAAACCAUGCGGCAGUUCGCAGAAGGUGCCGCCGGAAAACGGAGGAUACGUUCGUGUCAUGGAACAUAUCUUCAUUGGUAUGACGAAGGAUUGAAGGUUGACAUGAAGUCGGGCGAAGCGGGGACAUGUGAAAAUUGGAUUAUUGAGGACUGGAACGAGAAAGUGGUUUUCAGGGCAGUUGAUCCACGGGGCAAAUAUCUAAGAGCUUGCCUGGGGAGCAACCAGCUGACUCUAGUAUACAUUCCUGAGCCAACGGAACUGUGGAGCCCAUUCGAAAAUGGCAACGGGACCUGGUCGUUUCUCAGUUCUAACGGAACAUGGCUCAGUGCUCACGAAGAUGGGCAAGUGUGCACUGUGAAGGACCGUCAAGCGUGUGAAGAAUUUUUGUUAGAGUCGUGGUAACUUAUUUUUUGUUAAUAAAAUAAAUAUUUGAUU